AAUCAUACAAUGAUGCUUCUAUAAAAUGUUACAAGUCAUCUGAAAACCCUAGCUAGCUCUGGUGUGGGUGAACUAGAACCCUUUUCCCCCUGCGGUGACUGCGCGAUGGGUGCCUACAAGUAUGUUUCAGAGCUAUGGCGCAAGAAGCAGUCUGAUGUCAUGCGCUUCUUGCAGCGGGUGAGGUGCUGGGAGUAUCGGCAGCAACCAUCCAUUGUUCGUGUGACAAGGCCUACUCGCCCUGACAAGGCUCGUCGCUUGGGCUAUAAGGCCAAGCAGGGUUAUGUGAUUUACCGUGUUCGUGUUCGAAGGGGUGGCCGUAAGAGACCAGUUCCCAAAGGUAUUGUUUAUGGGAAGCCCACAAAUCAGGGUGUCACUCAACUGAAAUUUCAGCGCAGCAAGAGGUCAGUUGCUGAGGAGCGUGCCGGACGGAAGCUGGGUGGUCUUAGGGUUCUCAAUUCUUAUUGGGUGAAUGAGGACUCCACUUAUAAAUAUUUUGAGAUAAUUCUGGUGGAUGUUGCUCACACUGCAAUUAGAAAUGAUCCUAGAAUCAAUUGGCUCUGCAAUCCGGUCCACAAGCACAGAGAGCUGCGGGGGCUCACCUCUGCUGGGAAAAGUAACAGGGGCUUGCGUGGCAGAGGACAUCUGUACCACAAAGCACGUCCAUCCCGCAGGGCAACUUGGAAGAGAAACAACACCCUGUCCCUCCGCCGCUACCGCUAAUUUAUCUACUGUUAUUUUAUUUUGCUUCAUUUUCUGGAUAUUGUUGAGGACAGCAUUUGAUGUUUUGACAUGAAAUUUAAGUUUUGAACGUUGUAGUCUCAACCUUUUCCAUAAUUCGUUGAGUUUUGUUUGUUAAAUUAAAAGUUUAUAAUUGAUAUUUGUUA